UGUUUAUGUCUGCAGCAGACCUCUUAGACAAGGGUGGUGCUAACUUUCUGAAGAGUAGGCCUUUCUGCAUCCUAAAUCCACGCAUCGAGAUAAAUUCGGAUGCUGAGGCUUCGUGAAACACCUGUUUUUGUCUAUCCUUCUAGGAUUACUAAUCUACACGUCGGAUGAGAACUGGCACCGGUGGGAUCUUAUAUAAGAUACACUUACCUUAAGGAAACAACAUUUUUUAACUUUAAGUAUGAUUCCAGUAUAAUUACAGCGAAGACGGUAGAAACAGUGGAACGCUAAAAUCCCGCGCAGGAUUUAAAUAUGAAGACCGCGCUGGUGUUGUUUGUGGUGCUGAGUACCGCGAUGCUUGAGCGAACUGAGGCAAAUCAGUGUAUAUGCAGUGGAAAGUCAAGGUGUCGCUGUCAAGUCAAAGGCAGCAAGGGGGAGAAAGGUUUCCAGGGUUGGGUAGGGAAUCCUGGUAGGGUUGGCUUGACUGGCUUUGAAGGCCCACCAGGACCAGUGGGUCCAAAGGGAUCCCACGGCUUUCCUGGAAAUGCUGGAGAAAAAGGAGACCGGGGCCUCCCUGGACAAGUAGGAUUCCCUGGAGCUUCAGGAAUCUCGGGCAUUCCAGCGGUUCAGGGACCUCUGGGGCCACCAGGGAAUCAAGGCUGCAAUGGGACAGAGGGUGAAGUGGGAUAUCAAGGCCCUCCAGGAUCGCACGGGUCUCCAGGACAACCUGGUCCCCCUGGAGAAAACGGUCCAAAGGGUGAAUCUCAGCCAUAUUUAUCAACAGCUCAGAAAGGACAACAAGGGCCUCCAGGACCGGAAGGAUAUAGUGGUCCUGGUUUGCCAGGGGACUUGGGGGAUCCAGGGAAUCCUGGACCUAGAGGGUCACCUGGACCACCGGGGCGCACUGGAAGAACUGGACAGAAGGGUUCCGAGGGAAGCAGCCCAAGUCUUCCUGGACCUCGUGGUGAGCAGGGAAGCAAAGGGCCUCGUGGCACUCCCGGACCAAAGGGUUCCAUACAGUAUGCCAGAGAACAGCCGGACCUAAAGGGUGACAAUGGAGAUAUAGGUAACCCUGGUUGUCCUGGGGAUCCUGGGUUGCCAGGAACCUCCACAGGAAAGGGUCUAAAAGGACACAAAGGGGAAAUUGGCCCUGACGGAAAACCAGGAAAAGAUGGGAACGUUGGACCAACUGGAAGAGGGGUAAAUUGUUGAGUGUUCUAUGAGUGUUGUAUCCUAACCUGAACUGUCAAUUUGCAAUUUAUUGGG